AUGGAAACGAAAAUCUUCGCCGAACCGUACAUUUAUUUGUGUUACGAUCGAUUGCUUUUGGUGGUUGGCUUUCCGAUUUCGAUCUAUACGCUUUGUGUGAUCUUCUGGAAGACACCGAAAGAGAUGAGGGAAUAUAAGAACCCGCUGCUCGCAACACAGAUCUUCUCCCUGGGUCUCGAUGUGACUCUUCUGUCAACUCGGCCUGAGCUGAUGUUCCCGGCUUGUGCUGGUCGAAUGUUCAGCAUCUGGAACUGGCUUUUUGAGAUAGAAGCAAAACAUGCUUUUGCCUGUGGUGCCUUUUUCUUGAUUUGUGUCGUCUCUUCAGCCACUACUCUCUUCUUCUUAAAACUGCAAAGCUUAUUGGAUAUGAGUAAUCGUUUCAAAUUGAGCACUUUCUGGAAAUCGUUAUUCCUUUUACCACUUUUCACAGCGUAUCCCUUUGGAGCGCUCAUCAUGGCCGAACUCUUUUCACUUGACAAAGGCGUCAACACGACGAAUUUCCAGGAAAUGAUUCAGCAAAAACCUGAUGAACUCGUGCUGGCAAUUGCGACCCCAAGAGCCACCUUCGUUCACUGUGCUCGCAUCGCUGAAACCAAAUUAUCGUCUGGACAACUUAUGAUCCGGGAAAUCGAAUUUUCU